UAAAGUUACGCCAAGUCCAUGAAAUUUAAAGUGGAUUCUAUCAUCUGUGAUGAUGACAGAUGACAGCAUGACAGCACAGCACAGUGCUAUCUGUGGUUAAUAUCUAAAUAACCUCAAAAGUGGAGGAUUUUAUUACCUUCGAUCGAGAAAAGAUAUUUUAUUUACAUUAUUAUAACUUGAAUGAAUAUUAUGGCACUUCGAAUCAAUAUUCGCACAUUAAUUAACAAAGUCGUUCUAGCUGAUUCAAGAAUAACAAGUUUUAAAUUAUAUUCUGAUAAACCUGAAGAAACAUCAGCUGAAGAUGACAGUGAAAAAACUGUCGAUCCAUCUAAAGACAGAACUAAGAUAAUUCCAGUUGAAAUAAGUAUGAAAUAUUUACAAAGUUCGGCAUACAAGCAGACGUAUGGUGACAAACCAGUUUGGACCCUUUAUCGCCGAAAUCACAAAGGUGGUUUUGCACCAAGGAAAACGCGAAAGUCUUGCGUUAGAAAUGGAGUAAUAUCUACUGGUAACCCUUGCCCGAUAUGUCGCGAUGAAUACUUGGUUCUAGACCAUAAAAAUACUAAGUUACUGCAGCAGUUUAUAUCAGAAUAUACUGGACAGAUUUUGGAUGCUUUCAAUACUGGAUUAUGUCAGAAGAAACAUAAAGAACUGUUAGUUGCUAUUGAAAGAGCCUGGGAUCAAGGAUACCUAACCUAUGAUGUACCAUUCAGAGAAUAUGAUUACUCUUUGUACAACAAAAGUGGCGUGUCACAGUAGGUAGCAACUAGUAAUUAUAGCAGUUUGUUAGCAGCAGCCAAAACUAUUAUAACAAUAAAGAUUGAUUACUAAAGUAA